CGGAACGGUAAAGCAGCACUCCGAAGAUGGCCGGGGUGUUUGAGGUGGAGGUUGAUGGUGUAGAGCACGACCAUGGGCUACAACAUCACGACCACGGGCGACAGCAUCACGACGAACCGCACCAGUUUGAUGUGUCCAAGCUUUCACCAGAAGAGAAGUGGAGGGUGGAGCAUGCAAAAAUGCAUGCCAAGCACAAAGGCCAUGAGGCCAUGCACGCAGAGAUGGUGCUCAUCCUCAUCGUCACACUUAUCGUCGCCCAGCUCGUCCUCGUGCAAUGGAAACAGAGACAUCCAAAGUCAUACAAUCUGGUGACUCUGUUCCAGAUGUGGGUAGUUCCUCUCUACUUUACUACCAAACUGCACUGGUGGAGGUUCCUGACCACAUGGUUUAUCUUCUCUGUCAUCACAGCGUACAUCUCUUUCCGUGCCACUCGCAAGCCACUAUCCUGCACCACACCGAGGUUGGUGUAUAAGUGGUUCCUCCUUCUCUACAAGAUCAGCUAUGCCACAGGAAUAGUUGGCUAUACUGUCGUCAUGUUUACACUUUUUGGUAUAAACCUAAUAUUCAGGAUAAAACCAGAGGAUGCAAUGGACUUUGGCGUCUCACUGCUAUUCUACGGUCUGUACUACGGGGUCCUGGGGCGGGACUUUGCAGAGAUGUGUGCCGACUCCAUGGCUUCAACUGUCGGGUACUACAGUGCAUCUGGCAUGCCAACCAAGCACCUCGCUGACAAUAUCUGUGCUGUGUGCGGGCAGCCCAUCCUCGUGGACGUCAGUGAGGAGGGCAUCAUCGAGAACACCUACAGGUUAUCCUGCAACCAUGUGUUCCAUGAAUUUUGCAUAAGAGGAUGGUGUAUCGUCGGAAAGAAGCAGAUAUGCCCGUACUGCAAAGAGAAGGUGGAUCUGAAGAGGAUGUUCAGCAACCCUUGGGAGAGGCCGCAUGUCAUGUAUGGACAACUUCUCGACUGGCUUCGGUACCUGGUGGCCUGGCAGCCGGUCAUUAUUGGAUUUGUACAAGGCAUCAACUACGUCCUGGGUCUGGAGUGACCUGGUCCGAACUGGACACGCACCCCAUAUGGAGAUGAUACGCGCUGGCUCUAAAGACUGAGGGCCUAACAUUGAACUAAAACACAAAUUAGAAGUGUCUAUACUAUUUGUAUAUAUUUAUAGGCAUACUCUCUGUAUUUACAGUUUAUUUGAAUUUUAUUGGUAACCUCAAUUUGGAUGUCUUAUCAAUUUCCCAGGAUUUUCUUCACACAGCGUUACACCUUGAUGAUAGGUUUGGGCAACUUAUGGCCUCGGAAAGCGGUUCUAAAAAUCAUUAGAGAGGUGCUUUUUACUGAAUGAUGUCUUAAGUGUUUGUUAGUGCCAGGAUCAAGCUGGAGUUUUUCAUCUUCAUGUCUGAUGACUCUCAUAUGGGUAAUAAAGGUUGAGUGGAAAUCAACACCAGUAAUUCCUCCCAUGCCUUCCAAAGUCCACAGAUGGAAGACAUUUUGCUGCUGCGUAUUUGAUGAAGUCACUCGUAGAAACUCAAGUGACAUCAUUGAGAGUUCCCUAAGCGCAGCCUGUCAUGCUUCAUGUGACGGGAGGCAUUGUCAUCGUGGGGGGGGGGUGGGGGGGGGAAGUGCUACUCGUAGUUAAACAGAAUUCCUCAUCCAGUAGUUGAUGAGAUGGAACUGGAUGUUUCAGGAUUUCAAAAUGUCCUCACAGUCUUCGUGGACACUCAUCUACUCCAGCAACCUCUUCUGGUUUCAUUCACACGAUACAUGUUGUGUCCACAAAAUACAUCUCACCUGUGGUUGUAUCUUGCCUUUUUAGAUAGUUGUGGGUUUUUUGGUGCCAGCUAUUUUCUUUAGAACUACUUUCUACAAAAUAAAUGAUUACGGUAACGUGUGUGUUCUGCAGAUUAUUCUAGACGGCAGCACAGUGACUGGUUUUUAUUUGUAGUUUAAAGCUGCGCACUACUGACUCAAUUGAAGUCCCCUUGAAUGAUAUCUGAGAGUCGUCCCAAAGCUUGGCCUACUAAAACCCAAACUAUCUGCAUUGGCUAAAUACCACUAGAAGUAAGUGUAAAAAUAAAUAAAGAUGUUAUUACAUUUUGGUGAUCAUAAACUGUUCUGAAAUUGGGUUGAACCAGGAAGCACAAACCAAAGCUCUGAUCCCAGUGCGUAACUUGACUAAAACUCUUGACUGUUCAAACUGCAUAUGAUUAGAAGAGUACAGCAAACUAAGUUAUUGUAAAAUGAUCCUUUAACUCGGUGAGUCUUAUUUUUAUGUGAUCCGUUCAAGUCAAGGUCCCUUUAUGUGUAUUUUAUAGUCCAAAGAUGAUGCUUUUUUUUUGCAGGUACCGUUCACAGUACAUGAAACACUUUCACUUGGACCACCAACUCAGAGAAGGGACUGGACAACGAGGCUAACAUGAUCGUUUUGUUUUGUUGUCAAUGUUUUGACCGAGUUCAGUUAAUAAAUGUCAAAUGGUUCA